CUCUCCGGUUUCCUCUGCAAGUUUGCGCAAUCAUAAAGCAGCUAGGGUUUAAGCAGCCUCGCCGCCUCCAGAUCCCCAGACCAAACCCUCGUCGCCGCUGCGGAAUCCGGAGAUCCGAGCUCGCGAGAAGCCACCAUGUUCCUAGGCGCGCUCCCGAAGAAGCCGAGCAAGGAGGCGGCGUACAAGGAGCUGCGCGCGCACCUCUACAUCAUGGCCGGCUGCAUCGCCGCCAUCCGCGCCGCCCCCUACAUCCUCCACUUCCUCAACCGUGAGCCCGAGAUGACGGAGCUCAAGCUCUAGGCCAGCCCCGAUGCCCCCGCCCUCCCCCUGAGGUUUGACUUUGAUGACCCAACUAUUGCCGUAGUUCGUUGAUCACUGCAAAGUUACUCUCAGGACGGGGGAUUUUGAAACAUGAAUUUAAUUUUUACUGAUAGGCAUCAAUCUUUCUUUAGCAUGAGGAUUUAAUGACAGUGUUUGCAUAAUAAAAUCUGUUUGUUACUAUUA